AUGAUUUGGAGCAAUGGUUUCAACAAAUGUUUCACUUAUCCAUCAACUAAUCAACGAUAUCAAAUUGGAGAUUUGGUCAUUAGAAAUGGGCUUUUUGUAAAUUCUAAAGCUGAUCUUUGGAGAGAGUCAGAAGAGCACCAUCUUAGAAAGCAACCAUAUCAACACAAUCAGACUAAGUUCAAGCUCAAAUUGCCAGCACUUAUUGUACUAACUAAUCUUCUCAAAAUUUACAUCUUAACCGUUCCGUCUUUCAACUUGCACGCAAUAUCGAAACUCAACCAACAACUCCCUCUUUUACACCAUACCGUGUUGCAUAAGCUCAACGAUACACUGGAUGAACUUGCAGCCAGUCGAUUACAAUUUACAGAUCAGAGAUUUAGUACACAGAAGCUCAAGUCGAUGGAUGUAUUUAUAGAAGCGCUCUUAACUCAAAUAUCACGCCUCAACGAAGCUAUUUUCACUAAAUUAAAGAGCCCACCAAGCCAAGCUUUCUUUAGGUCUUCAAGCUUCCAAUCGGUUAUUCGCCUAAAAUGGGGAGGAGAGUGUCCUGUGGAUGAUGUAUUUGCAGAGAGACUAAUGCUUAAGGGGAUGCGAGCCACUCCCAAGAAGGCGACAGCCUGUGGUCUACCCUAUCAGACAAGGUGGCUCUUUGGCAAUGGAGGCCUUGAUUUUGGGAUUGACCAAGUUCUUGGUACAAAACCUCGUGGUACAAUUCGGAUUGGACUUGACAUUGGAGGUGGAAUCGCUGCUAGGACGAAGGAGAGAAACGUGACAAUCAUCACAACCCCAAUGAAUCUAGACGGUCACUUUAACAGCUUUAUCGAAUUAUGGGGUUUGAUACCAAUUCAUGUUAGCAUUUCACAGAGGCUUCCAUUUUUCGCGACGAAGGAGAGAAACGUGACAAUCAUCACAACCCCAAUGAAUCUAGACGGUCACUUUAACAGCUUUAUCGAAUCAUGGGGUUUGAUACCAAUUCAUGUUAGCAUUUCACAGAGGCUUCCAUUUUUCGCGUACACUUUGCUGCUAGGUUUCAACCGUGACAUUGCUAAGAUCGAGUGGUAUUCCUCGGCUCUGCUGGAAAAGCCGAGGACCUGA